ACCGUUCAAUUGACACACUUCCAACUUCCGUAAACAAAGAUUUGCUGGUCAAGCCAAAACGUGUCUCACUAUUUUGCUGUUGUUGACGAAGUUGCGCUGAAUAGGAGAAUGGCAAGCCCAGCAAAGAAAACAAAGGCGACUGAUGUUCCUGAAUGCCCAUACGGCGCCAGAUGCUACCGUAAAAAUCCCCAGCAUUUUAUAGAUUUCUACCACCCAAAAAAGUCUAAAACUGACGCGAGCGACGAUGCUACUGAUGGCCCAUCAACUCCAAAGCUUCCGUCGACAGAUGACAGUUCGUUGCCACCUUGCAAAUAUGGGGACAAAUGUUACAGGAAGAACUUGAUGCACUUUGCAGAGUAUUCUCAUCCAACCCAGGUUGUAAAAAGUGUGCAAAGUGACAGUGGAGAUGACACAGAUGUUAUGUCUGAUGAAGACAAUCCACCUGAUAAAUCGAAAAAAGGAGUGAAAAGUGCGGACAUUCUCAAGCGUGGAAUGUCUUUGGUAAAGUCAUACAGCAAGAUGUCAGAAGAAGAGAGGAAAGAACUGAUAAAGAAAGCAUUUGAAGCAAAGAAGAAACUUCAAGAAGAACUGGAGAAAACCAAAGAAGAGGUGAAGAAGAAAGAACAAGAAGUAGAGAAACUGAAUAAACAGGUUGCCACAGGACUGUUAUUAAUGGAUGGUGAAAAGGAAGUGUUGGAAGGGUCAGAGGUCAAAUACUUUGAAUUAGCUCCAGAGAGGUCAUAUAAAGAGGGGUCAGCAGCUCAGACCCACUUUAGACUUGCUGAGUCCCAGUUCUACAGACUUCUGUCAGGGACUGCAUCAAAUCUGAGACUUACGAAAGUGGAGUAUGUAGUGAAUCCUGAACUUGUCAAAGAGUUCAAAAAAUGCCGAGAGCAGUUGAAAUCCACCAGAGGGGAGGAAUAUUCUUAUCCUGUGCUAGGAUUUCAUGGCACUGAGGAAAAAAACAUUGUACCAAUAUGUGAGACAGGAUUCAAGAUUCCAGGUUCUUCUGGACACAAACAUAGAGCGGACACAGGCUGGUACGGAAAAGGUGUAUACUUUAGUGAAUACCCAAAUUACUCAAUGGGUUAUAUAUCCGGGGCAACAAAGUUUCUCCUCUGUCAAGUACUACCUGGCAAGGUGUAUAAUUGUACGAAACUGAUUCAUGGAGCAGCUCUCCAGUCUGGUUAUGAUUCACACAUGUCACCAUGCAAGAAGGAACUUGUCAUCUUCAACAAGUACCACAUCCUGCCAUCUUAUAUAGUGUACUAUCAGAAUACUACUGGAGAGUUUAAGUAUAAGGAGCCAUCUAUUACAAAGCCAGCAGGAGGGGCAAAGACAAAACCAGAUGCUGGUAAAAAGAAACUGGACAAACUUCUUGAUAUGGGAGAGCUUAAUAAAAAGUACUUCAAGGCUAUAAGCAAGAAGAAAGGAACUCAUUGCUUCAACGGAUAUAAAGUUCAGUUUACUGGAACAUUUCAAGGAACUCAGAAAGAAAUGAUGGAUUUAGCAACCAAGCAUGGUGCCACGCAAGGAACAAAAGCAGUAUUUAAUUUACUUGUGGCUUCAGAGACAGAGUAUGAUAUCAAAACAAGCAAAGUAAUACAGGCAACUAAAAAGGGGGUUCCUAUUGUGGUAGAGAUGUACCUUUAUGACUGUAUAAUCAAUGCCAAGACAUACCCUACCAAAGGAUACCAGUAUGAAUAAUUAAGUUAUGAAUUGCAGUAGAUCUCAGUAAGGAAAGACAUGAGCAUGUUUAAAAUUUGUUGCCACCAUCCAUACUUCAGAUACAACCAAUGUAUUUCAUACUUAGAAAAUACACUAACCAUUAUUUAUAUGCAUAAUCUGAUUUAAUUGUUCAAGUAUUGCUCUCCUUUGAAGCUAUAGAUGUCAAAAUCGGCGAGUGGAAGAGCGACUGUAUCAGUGUUGUAUUACAGUACAAAUUUUCCAUUGACAAUAACAUUAUACAUGUAUCUGAUAUAAUAAUGGUCAUUGAAGUUGUGUGACCUAUAGAAUACUCCCCCAUUGGUGACAGUGUAAUUCAAUAGGAAUUGGAAUAUGAUCAUGUAUAUAUAGUUUUGCUGAUGCAAGUCUACCUGCUAAGAGUACAGAUUUACAGAUUUUUAGCUCGACUUUUCGAAGAAAAAGUAGAGCUAUUGCACUCGCCCUGGUGUCAGCGUUGGCGUCGCAGUUGGUUAAAAAAAUUUAAAUAGUUAAAUAUCUCUGUGACUUGAAAUUUAAAAUACUUAUUUAACCAUAAAAGUCUACACCAGGAGAAACAAUCCCCAUAACUCUGAUUUGAAUUUGACAGAAUUAUGCUCCUUUUUAACUUAGAAUUUUUGUUAAAUUUUUGAUAAAGUCAAAUAUCUCUGUUACUAUUAAAGCUUUUGACUUGAAACUCAAAAUAGUUAUUUACUAUCAAAAUCUACACCAGGAGACCCUUUUUAACUUAGAUUUUUUUGUUAAAAUUUUUGAUAAAGUCAAAUAUCUCUGUUACUAUUUAAGCUUUUGACUUGAAACUCAAAAUAGUUAUUUACUAUCAAAAUCUACACCAGGAGACACAAUUACCAUAACUCUGUUUGAACUUUGACAGAAUUAUGCCCCUUUUUAACUUAAAAUUUAUGGUGAAAGUUUUUGAUAAAAUCAAAUAUCUCUUUUACUAUCAAAGCUUUUGACUUGAAACUUGAAAUACUUAUUUACCAUCAAAGUCUACAGCAGGAGAAACGAUCCCUAUAACGCUGAUUUGAAUUUUGACAGAAUUUUGCCCCUUUUUAACUUAGAUUUUUUUGUUAAAAUUUUUGAUAAAGUCAAAUAUCUCUGUUACUAUUUAAGCUUUUGACUUGAAACUCAAAAUAGUUAUUUACUAUCAAAAUCUACACCAGGGACACAAUUACCAUAACUUGGUUUGAACUUUGACGGAAUUAUGCCCCUUUUUAACUUAGAAUUUUUGGUGAAAGUUUUUGAUAAAAUCAAAUAUCUCUUUUACUAUCAAAGCUUUUGACUUGAAACUUGAAAUACUUAUUUACCAUCAAAGUCUACAGCAGGAGAAACAAUCCCUAUAACGCUGAUUUGAAUUUUGACAGAAUUUUGCCCCUUUUUAACUUAGAUUUUUUUGUUAAAAUUUGUGAUAAAGUCAAAUAUCUCUGUUACUAUUUAAGCUUUUGACUUGAAACUCAAAAUAGUUAUUUACUAUCAGAGUCUACACCAGGAGACACAAUUCCCGUAACUCUGAUUUGAAUUUUGACAGAGUUUUGUCCCUUUUUAACUUGGAAUUUUUUUACUGGCAAAGCUCUAAUUCAGAGUAAAGCACUGACAAAAGUCAAGCGCGCUGUCUUAUGGAGAGCUCUUGUUAAAUGAGCCAUGCCAUGAGAAAACCAACAUAGUGUAUAUGCGACCAGCAUGGAUCCUGACCAGCCUGUGCAGUCUGGUCAGGAUCCAUGUUGUUCACUUUCCCUAUUGCAGUUAGAGAAACCGUCUGCGAACAUUAUGGAUUCAAACCAGACUGCACUGAUGUUGGUUUUCUCAUGGUGCGGCUCAAAUGUCAUAUGUUGGAUAAAAGAGGUAUAAUCUCCAGGUUACAACCAAAAGGGGUAAAAUGUAAUGGCAAAGUAUAUUUUAUCUUAGAAUAAUAGUUAUUUAGAUUGUUUGCCUGUAAUUUAUUAAAGAAAUGUUGCCAAUCAUGUAACAGUUGCAUGUUUAUGUAUUUUAUUUCAAGUAUGAUUGUUGUAAGUCAAUACAAGAGGAAAUAGAUAGUUGUGUGAAAUAUCAUACUUUAAUCAUGUUAAUUUAAUGUUUCAACUAAUCUUUAUCACACUUUGUGUUGAUAUUCUGCAUGAAAAGUAAUGUGUUAUUUAUCAAGAUGUAUAAAACUGGGUUGCUAUGUUUGUGUUGUUAGAGAGGUUAAUUGCAGUUUCAGUAUUUGACUGUGUGGUAAAUCCCUGUGCAUUGUAACAAAUUGUCCCAAAUAUUUAAUUGGGUUGCUCACUUUGUGAAAAGAAACAUAUUUAAAACUUCUAACUUCAGUUUUACAAGAUUUUAUGGACAUUUUUGAGGUAUCUUUGUCAACUAUUUCUUCUUGCUGAAUUCACAGCUUUGGGCAAAAAUACUAUAUUGAAGUUAAAUAUCUCUGAGUCAGUGUAUUUCUUGUUACCAUCCCAAUGCAUUUCCUUUUAAAAAACUGAAAAUGCAACAUUUUGUGAAUAAAUAACAUAGGCAAAUCAGAGCAAAUUUGUGAAAUAAACUUCACACAAAUUUAAAGUGUUUUACAGUAGCUUAUUCUGUGGUUUGGGUUCUUAAGAGAUUGUGUUUAUCCUUUGUAUUCAGUGAAGGAAAUUAUAAACUGUCAUAAUGUCCUUGUGCGAUGAUUAAUGCACAUGACUUAGGUAAAAGGCCAGUAUAGAUUUAUUGAUAUAUUUUGUAUCAAAAUGUCAUAUAAAAAUGGUUGCAUCAUUUUAUGAAAUAUUUAUAAUCUAAUUUAUUUAAAACCUGCAUUGUAUAAUUUUAUUUCGUGAAUUUGUACUUCGAUAUGAUUUUGUUACAUUUUCUUAUUGAAACUAUCUUUAACUUUAUCUUAUAUUUUACAUUUAGUUUGUUGGAAGAUGAAUUAUGAAUUUUUAAAAAUUUUGAAGUCUACACGGAGAAUUUUUUCUCUAUUGCAAUUUGUAUUGCAGUUCUUGUUACACUAUUGAUGUUUUACUUUAAGCAUUGUUAUGAACAAGUUUUAAUGUUCACCCAAAUUCUGCUCCAUACCUUCGGAUAUAUCAGCACUGCAUUGUGCCAAACAUAUUGUAAAUUUCUUUGAAAAGAAACUCCAGUUUUGUGCAGUUAAAUUAGCAUUUUAUUUGGACCAUUUUGUUGGCUUGUUGUGUGUCUGUUUCAUUCUCAAGUAUACUACUUUUUUAGCUCAUCUGAUUUUUUGGAGAAAAAAAUGAUGAGUUAUUGUUAUCACUUGAUCGGCGUCAGCAUUGCCUGGUUAAGUUUUAUGUUUAGGUAAGCUUUUCUCCUAACUGUCAAAGCUAUUGCUUUAAAACUUGCAACACUUGUUCACCAUCAACAGUUGACUCUGUACAGCAAAAAACAUAACUCCAUCCUGCUUUUUGCUAGAAUAAUGGACCCUUUUGGACUUAUUAGAAAACAUCAGAUUUCUUGGUUAAGUUUUAUGUUUAGGUCAACUUUUCUCCUUGACGUUCAAAGCUAUUGCUUUAAAACUUUGAGCAGUUAUUCACCAUUAAUAGCUGACUCUGCACAGCAAGUACCAUAACUCUACAUUGCUUUUUGCAACAAUUAUGGCCCCUUUUGUACUUAGAAAAUCAUGGGUAGGACAAUAUUUCAAUUAUACAGAGACAAAAAAAAAAUCAGAUGAGCAUCUGCACCCGCAAGGCAGUGCUCUUGUUGUUUGUUUAAGAGUGAUUUUGACAAUAUGUUGUGUAAAAAUGAUCAUUUACACAGGAUUCAGAUGAAACUAAAAUGAGGUAAAAUAAAAGCUCUUUCCAUGGUGUCUGUAAAAUGAGUUUAUUUCUUGCGUUGCACUGUUGCAAGAUUAUAUUUACUGUAUAUGGAUUUUGUUCUAAUUUACAUCCCAUACACAUUGCUGGCUACAAAAUUAAUUUUGGUAGUUCAAUAUAAAUCUGAUAUUUUCAAGAUGAUUUUCACCAUUCACAGUAUUUUGUAUGGUUAUAAUUUAUUGAAUGUUGUUAUUUCAUUAUUCAUAUUUUAAAACCUGUUAUUUUAUAGUGUUUUAUUAUCUUUUUAGGUAGAUGCUAUCUUUCAUUGUUUUUAAAUUUUCUGUUAUGAAAGAAAUUUUUUAAUGUUGAUAUUUGUCAACUUAAAGACUUUUUCUUUUCAUAAAACAUACUUUGAUAUUAGGUUAUUUAACAUUGUUUUGUUCAAAACAGUACAGCCAAACUUCGUUCGCUCAAACCUGGAUAAUUCAUACACCUCUUUCUGCUCGAAAUCACCGUCAUUUUCCUGGCAAAAUAUCUAUGAUAAUUAUAUAUAUGAACCAGUAAUUAGAACAAAUUUUGCUUGUUUAUUUUAGUUUGAGCGAACAAAGUUUGACUGUAAUGUAUUUAGAUGAGUAGCCAGUCAAAGUCCUGCAUGUUUUUCAAAUGGGCACUUGUCCAAAUAUGUUUCAUAUUAUACAGGACAAUAUCAAAUUCUAUUUUUAUUCUAUGCUGAUUUUUCUCAUUAAUUAUUAUUAAAAUCAAUCAGACAUUUCAUUCAGAAAUGUCAUAUCAAGUGCUUAUAGAUUUUGAUGUUCAUGCAGAUACUUUUAUUGGUCAACAAGUUAACAUAUAUAUUGCAGUCAUCAUGGUUUCUUCAUCUAACACAGAAUAUUCUGUAUCCAGUACAGAAGUUUAAACCUUUACCCUGCUAAAUUUCUAAAAUUGACUGGUCCAUCAUUCAAUUUCAGCAGUACCACUUCUUAUUCAAAGGAGUAUUCACUGAAAAUUUACUGACUGGAUAGCGAACAGUGCAGACCAUGAUCAGCCUGCUGAUCUUGGUCUGCACUGUUCGCAAAGGCAGAAUCACUUGCCGCCAGCCGGCUAAAGGUUAAUGGACAGUUACAUGGAACAAUUUUGAAUAGUUGAUUGGAAGGAAAAGUAGGUAAAGAAUAAAGGGACAUAAUGUGUUUUCCCUAUGUCUGUUUACUAUUCAGUAUGAGUUUUUUUAACUUUCAUCAUUUUUUUCAUGUUUUACCUUUUAUAACUUAAACUACAUAUACAAAUUAUACUUGAAAUAUUUAUAUUUGUACACACAAUGCGUUUUAGAAUAUUUCGUACAUAUUUUCAUUGAAAUAUUUCAUACAUAUUUAUUAUUUCUACUCAUAUGUCUUUUAACAUAUGUUAUGUGUUAAUAAAAGCUGUGUUAUUUCGUUUUUGUAGAUUGAUUAUUCAGAUCAUUUUUUGUAUUAAAUGUUCUAUAUACUU